AUGGCUAACAACAUGAAUCGGAGAGGGGAGGGAAAAUUAUCAAGUCAAACUGUGGCCAACCCUAAGGGACAAUAUAGGGCAGAGAGUUCGAGUGGGAAUGGUAAGCAACAUAAGCAAGUGCAGGCGGUGGUUGCUUUAAGAAGUGGUAGGGAGUUAGAGCCUCAGUCAGUUGUGCCAGAUGCAACUAAAGUUAAGAAGGGUGACCAUGGGGGUACACCUAAUGAGAGCAAGGGAUGCAAUUUGAUUCAUUUACAAAAGAAUGAGAAAAAUAUAUUAUUAUUAUUAUUACUUUUUUUUAUUAUUUGGAAUUUCUUUUGUAUAUCAACUCAACAGGUUCAGAAGAAUGAAGCGAGCUUGAAUACUUCCACCAUAAGUGCACCUCAAAUUGCUCCUUCCACAAAUGAGUCUCACACUAUUCCCCCGAAGGUGGAACCGAAACGAAAGCCUAGCAAUUUAAAUAAACUAGAAGCCAGUCUCGGACGAGUUCGUGCUGCAAUAAGAGAAGCGAGAAAUAAUGGAAAUCAAACACACGAUCCUGAGUAUGUUCCCGGAGGUCCAAUGUAUUGGAAUGCCAACGCCUUUCACAGGAGCUACUUGGAAAUGGAAAAACAAUUCAAAGUAUUUGUCUAUGAAGAAGGAGAGCCCCCAAUUUUUCAUAACGGUCCAUGCAAGAGCAUAUACGCGAUGGAGGGAAAUUUUAUUUACCGCAUGGAGGUUAGCAAGUUCUGCACAAGAGAUCCUGACAAAGCCCAUGUCUUUUUUCUACCAUUCAGUGUGACAUCUAUGGUUCGCUUCAUUUAUGUGCGUGAGUCCCAUGAUUGGGCUCUGAUGAAACAAACAGUCAGCGAUUAUGUCAAUCUCAUUGCGCGGAAAUACCACUAUUGGAAUCGAAGCCUUGGGGCCGAUCAUUUCAUGCUUGCUUGUCAUGAUUGGGGGCCAGAGCUUUCCUCUUCCGUUCCUUACCUAUACAAAAAUUCCAUUCGGGCUCUAUGCAAUGCAAACACCUCGGAAGGAUUCAAUCCCUCGAAAGAUGUAUCAUUUCCAGAAAUCCUUCUCCCGGAUGGCACGACAAAUCGCUUACUUGGAGGUCCAUCCCCUUCACGACGCCCAAUCUUGGUUUUCUUCGCUGGAGGGGUCCACGGCCCAAUUAGGCCAAUUCUUCUCUAUCAUUGGGAAAACAAGGACGAAGAUGUACAAGUUCACAAGUACCUUCCCAAGGGUGUUUCAUAUCAUGGGAUGAUGCGAAAAAGCAAGUACUGCAUUUGCGCGAGCGGUUAUGAAGUAGCAAGCCCACGAAUGGUUGAGGCACUCUACAUGGGUUGUGUUCCGGUACUCAUGAAGGACCAUUACGUGGCACCAUUUAGUGAUGCUCUAAACUGGAAGUCGUUCUCGGUUGAGGUUUCGGUGAAGGACAUUCCGAACCUAAAGACUAUUUUAAUGGGAAUUUCUCAGAGGCAGUAUAUAAGGUUGCAGAGGAGAGGGCUGCAAGUAAGGAGGCACUUUGAGGUUAACUUGCCUGUAAAGCGGUUUGACGUGUUCCACAUGAUACUUCAUUCGAUCUGGCUUCGAAGACUGAAUGUUCGCGUUCAUGACUUCGAAGAAUCAUGAAUAUCAUUUGAUGAAUUGAAUUGAACUACCUGUUGCUUCGGAUUCGUUGAGGAAGGGGCCAAGUAAUAAGUUGUGUAGAGUAACUUGUUGAUUUAUAUGAAAUUUGUGCAAUUGUAUUUA